AUGUCUUCCCCGAAUCAGGAUGUGACACCGGACUUCGAGCGGUCAGCUAGCCUUGCAGAUCGGAUUCAGAAUGCUUACAUAGAAACAUCAAUCUCUCCAAGGUGGAUAGGGAGUGGCAAUGCCUUUUGGUACCGGAGAGAUUUCGGAGCCGAUCAGUCUUCUUUCGUCACGGUAGACCCAGAGCAAAGUCUGCGUCAGCCUUCAUUCGACCAUGAACGGCUGGCAACAUCCCUCCGUGAUGUCGGCAUAGAAGCAAAUGCAGAUUCACUCCUAUUUACCUCUAUUGAUACCAGUAGAGAUGGAAAAUCUGUCAAGUUCCGUAUAGGAGAGAAGAUUUGGGAAUUCCGCGACAACGAGACUCUGGCCGAAUAUAACGGAGAGAUCAAAGAAGACUCACUUACACCUCUAUCUAGCGAGCAGCCAUCGGAUUCGAGCGAUAAGAGUACCUUCAUAACAUUUAUCAAUCGAACAAAGGAAUCAGUAGCUCUGUUCUGGAUCGAUUAUGAUGGCAACCCGCAGCGGUAUGCGACAGUCGAAGCAGGGAAAUCGAACAGAAUGCAAACAUAUUCGGGCCAUGUCUGGCGGGCGUCAUACUCAGACAACGGUCAACUAAUUGCAAAUUUCAUGGCACAAGAUCUUGACGCAGUUGCCAUUAUAGAAGAAGAAAAGCCAUCCGUCGCGAAAGCAAUCGAAAAGUCUUCUAGCCCAGCACUUUCACAGCGGCCCGAAAGUUCCGACAAGCCGCAAGCGCUGGUGAAAGAGUAUAAUGUAUGGGUCCGUGAUGCAGAUGGUCAAGAAACCCAGCUCUCUAUCAACGGGACGGAAGGCAACCCCUUUGACCACACGAUCUACCAUUCACCGAAUAGCCAAUUUGCAGUCGCAUACCAGUACACACCGGAGCAAACCAGUACGGUUUACGCAGUGGAAUCCAGCCCGAAAGAUCAAAUCCAACCUCGCUUAAAGCAGUUCCAGUAUUUGAAACCUGGAGACAACGUCCGAGUCGAUCGGCCAAGGAUGUUUGAUUUGACCGAGAAGAAGGAAGUGACAACUGAUGACGCGCUCUUCCAGAAUCCACACAGCAUUUACGACAUGGGAUGGAGCGCCGAUGGCCAAGAAUACCGCUUCUUAUACAACCAACGAGGUCACCAGGUUCUUCGAAUCGUUGGGCUGAACACGCAAGGCCAAGUGCGAAGCGUAAUUGAAGACAGUAGCACAACAUUUGUCGAUUACUCGCAGAAGGAAUACCAUCAUGAAAUCAGGGAUUCCAAUGAAAUGAUCUGGGCUAGUGAACGAGAUGGUUGGAAUCACCUCUACCUAUUUGACUUGCAGACAACGAAUAUGAAGAAUCAGAUUACGCGAGGAGAAUGGAACGUGCGUUCAGUGGAGUCGGUUGAUGAAGAGAAGAGACAGAUAUGGCUCAAAGCGUUUGGCGCAGUGGAGUGCCAAGGUCCGUACUAUGCGCAGCUUGCGAGGGUCAAUUUUGACGGUUCUGACUUUACGCUGCUGACCAGUGGUGACGGGACACACACCUGGACAUGGGGUCCUGAUCGCAAGUAUUUAAUUGAUACAUGGUCCAGAGUAGAUCUGGCUCCCAAGAGCGUAUUGAGGAAUGCCGAGACUGGAGAGCAGGUUGUCGCACUCGAGGAGAACAAUUUCGACAACCUGAUCCAGGCAGGAUGGGCACCUACGGAACGUUUCUCAGCCCCCGGCCGAGACGGCAAAACGAUGAUCCACGGCAUCAUCAUCCCACCCUCCCAGUUCGACCCCAACAAGAGAUACCCCAUCAUCGAGCAGAUCUACGCUGGGCCCCAGGGUUUCUUCGUCCCCAAAUCCUUCUCCACCCUCACGAGCCAGCACGAACUCGCCGAACUAGGCUUCAUUGUCGUUCAAGUCGACGGCAUGGGCACGAACUGGCGCUCCAAGGCCUUCCACAACCACUGCCACAAGAACCUCAAAGACGCCGGCCUACCGGACCGCAUCGCCUGGAUCACCGCUGCCGCCUCCCAGUCCCGACCGUGGAUGGAUCUCGGGCGGCCAAAGCGCCCUCGGCGCCCUUCUCUGGCACGGCGACUUCUACAAAGCCGCCGCCGCGGACUGUGGAUGCCACGAUAA